AUGAUUUCACUUCUAGCUGACUACAAAUCCCUGAGUACAUACUACGAUAAAUUCAUUACUUUUGCCUUGGAGGGUGAAAAUUACGUGAUCAACGUGGAAGAUUUGGGAAAAAAUCAAGAGAAAGACAGAGUGUCACUGCAUUACUAUACGUCUCCGCGUCCGGCAGGUGGCGAACCGAAUGGUUAUAGACCAGUGGUAAAUAUCAGUCCAACGAAAUACAACGGAUUACUGCUGUAUGCCAAUGAGAAGCAGUGCUCUGUGAAGCUACAAAAGAGUGAACAACAACCCCCAGACCAAGCCUCCUUCUUCUACCUUCACGCUGAGUCCUCGGAAUUUGUUUCAUUUGAAUGUAAAAACAAGAGUGGAACAUUUCUAGGGGUAAAAGACAAUCACCUGGCUCUAGUAGAAAGAACCUACUCAGGCAUUGAGAAUACUCUAUUUAAACUCUUAGAAUAGGUGAUGGAAAAUUGGA